UUUUUUUUGUUUCCAUUCUUCCUUCAUCCUCAUUCUCGCUUGUCGUUUCUACUCUUUUUAUUAUUUUCCUUUCCUUUUCUUUCUUUCUUUCUUUCUUUCAUCAACCCGAAUGUAUACACUUUUCAUUGAUCCAGUCCAGUCUAUUUUCUACUAGUACGUCUUAUCUACACCCAUUAUGUAUGAGGAUCCUAUUUCACACUUCACAAAUGCUCAAUACCAACAACACCUCACCAAUUACAACAGGAGUGGCGUUGUAAGCAGUCCCGAUGGCAUCAUCAGCAAUGCUCUCAGUGGUAAUGGCCCAUCCAACCAUUUUUUGGGUGGUAAUGACAAUGGUAGCGGCAAUGGCUUCGGUAAUCAUAGUCACAAUGGUACUGGCGAUAGAAUAGAACAGUCAGAACCCGACCAGGAGCUGUCAAGACUUCAUCAACAUCAGCUCUUAAUUCAGCUCCGCCUGGAAGUCAACUCACUUAAAACACAAAUUCAGCAGUUGGAGCUGUUGAAACAACAAUUGAUUCACCAGCGACAGAUGAUGCAGCCUGCGGAGUAUGAGCAACUCGCAGAACAAUUUUCGAGAACAACAGCAUCGUUACUCAGAGUUGGUCAUCCAAGUCAUUUCGGUGAUGGUGGUAGCGGCACUAACAGUGGGUACCAAGAAUUCAGUACAGAUGGCAUUAGCGCAUUUGGAAGAGGAAAUGAAGGAGGAGCCGGCCCAGGAGAAAAUUACAUGGGUAUGCAUAUGAUGGAAAGAUUACAGGAAAAACUAAGAGGUAUGAUGAUCCAACAACAUCAACAGCAUUACGCACAGAAGCGAAAGCAACUACAGCUACAACAACAACAACAACAACAACAACUACAGCAGCAACAGCGGUCAUCACCGCCUUCGCCAACAGGAACAAGUCAUGAGAUAGGGAUGGAUGUAGAUUCAAGACGUAGUGGACACAAUACGCCUACGAGAAGAGAUCCCGUUAGGAUGGAACAAAUUAGUUUAGAAGCAGACUUGCGCGAUCUUGAGAGGCGCAUGCGGUCAAUACAGCUACUCCAUUGAUAUGUUUUACAAUUUAAUAAUAAC